AGGCCUAGGGUUUAGCAGGCCUGAGCCAGCGGAUCGGCUGGCUGCUCAAUGGGAACUCAGAGCUAAGUCUUCCUCUUCCCUGUUGUGAGUGUAGGGGUCCUGAGAGGAUAGGCAAGAAAGGAAGGAAGAAAAGUAAGACGCUGCUUGCUCGGUUUCCAUCUCCCUCCUAUAAUCCCGGGUUUGUUGCCUUGCGGAAAGGACAUUGCAUUCCGGGCGCGCACUGAAGCCGCCUCGCAAGUCCGCAGGUGGGUAGCCCGGGCGAGGGAGGAAGGGGACGUUACCUUCCCCUCGGAAGAGGGCGCUGGCUCCCCCAGCCGGCCUUUAUAACCAGGCCGCGGGAGACGAGGAGGCAGCCGGCUGCCGUCUGCGAUUCGCAAAAGCAUGCAGUUAGGAGAGCAGCUCUUGGUGAGCUCCGUGAACCUGCCGGGCGCGCACUUCUACUCGCUGGAGAGUGUUCGAGGAGGAGGAGGAGGGGGAGGACAGGAGGGAGGAGGGGGAGGUGGCGGGAGCGUCAGCCUCCUCCCCAGUGCUUCCCCCUCGCCCCAGAGGCUGGACUUAGACAAAGCGUCCAAGAAGUUUCCGGGCAGUCUCCCGUGCCAAGCGGGGAGCGCAGAACCCGCAGGCGCCGGCGCGGGGGCCCCCGCGGCCAUGCUCAGUGACGCGGACGCCGGGGACACCUUCGGCAGCGCCUCUGCGGUGGGCAAGCCCGGGCCCCCUGACGGCCGCAAAGGCUCCCCGUGCGCGGAGGAGGAGCUGCCCUCCGCGGCCACUGCCGCGGCCACCGCGCGCUACUCCAUGGACACCCUGAGCUCCGAGCGCUACUACCUCCCGUCGCCGGGACCUCAGGGCUCCGAGCUCGCCGCGCCCUGCUCGCUCUUCCAGUACCCGGCGGCGGCCGGAGCGGCCCACGGAUCCGUGUACCCCGCGUCCAAUGGCGCGCGCUACCCCUACGGCUCCAUGCUGCCCCCCGGUGGAUUCCCCGCCACCGUGUGCCCGCCCGCGAGGGCGCAGUUCGGCCCCACCGCGGGCUCCGGGAGCAGCGCUGGUGGCGGUGGCGGCGGCGGCGGGGCCGGCGGUCAUGGCUCCUAUCCCUACGGCCAGGGCUCUCCGCUGUACGGGCCUUAUGCUGGAACCGCAGCUGCCGGAUCUUGUGGAGGACUUGGGGGGCUGGGAGUGCCGGGCUCCGGCUUCCGCGCCCACGUUUACCUGUGCAAUCGACCCCUAUGGCUUAAAUUCCACCGUCACCAAACUGAGAUGAUCAUCACCAAACAGGGCAGGCGCAUGUUUCCUUUCUUGAGCUUCAACAUAAACGGACUCAAUCCCACUGCCCACUACAACGUGUUCGUGGAAGUGGUUCUGGCCGACCCUAACCACUGGCGCUUCCAGGGGGGCAAGUGGGUGACAUGCGGCAAGGCAGACAAUAACAUGCAGGGCAACAAAAUGUACGUUCACCCAGAAUCUCCUAACACUGGUUCCCACUGGAUGAGGCAGGAGAUUUCCUUUGGGAAGUUGAAGCUCACCAAUAACAAAGGCGCAAACAGCAACACACAGAUGAUAGUGCUGCAGUCUUUGCACAAGUACCAACCUCGACUGCACAUUGUGGAGGUGACAGAGGACGGCGUGGAGGACUUGAAUGAGCCUUCCAAGACCCAGACCUUCACCUUCUCAGAGACACAGUUCAUCGCAGUGACUGCCUACCAAAACACCGACAUUACUCAGCUAAAGAUUGAUCAUAACCCCUUUGCCAAAGGCUUCCGGGACAACUACGAUUCAUCCCAUCAGAUUGUCCCCGGAGGUCGGUACGGCGUUCAAAACUUCUUCCCGGAGCCCUUUGUCAACACUUUACCUCCAGCCCGAUAUUAUAAUGGUGAGAGAACCGUGCCACAGACCAACGGCCUCCUUUCACCCCAACAGAGCGAAGAGGUGACCAACCCUCCCCAGCGGUGGCUUGUCACACCUGUCCAGCAACCUGUGAGCAACAAGCUAGACAUCGGUUCCUAUGAGUCCGAAUACACUUCCAGUACCUUGCUCCCUUAUGGUAUUAAAUCCUUGCCCCUCCAGACGUCCCAUGCCCUGGGUUACUACCCUGACCCAACCUUCCCUGCUAUGGCAGGGUGGGGAGGCCGAGGAGGCCCUUAUCAGAGGAAGAUGGCAGCUGGACUACCAUGGACAUCCAGGAUGAGCCCACCUGUGUUCCCAGAAGAUCAGCUUGCCAAGGAAAAAGUCAAAGAAGAAAUUAGCUCCCCCUGGAUAGAAACUCCCCCUUCCAUCAAGUCUCUAGACUCCAGUGAUUCCGGAGUGUACAGCAGUGCUUGUAAGAGAAAGCGUCUGUCUCCCAGCUCCAGUAAUGGGAAUUCUCCCCCCAUCAAGUGUGAGGACAUUAACGCUGAGGAGUACAGUAAAGACACCUCAAAAGGCAUGGGGGCGUAUUAUGCUUUUUACACAACUCCCUAAGGAGUUAUUUUAACCAUCUAACAUUUUCCAGAUGGGCCUGGUGGUGUUUUGUUGGCUUUUUUUUUUUU